AUGGCUGAUUGUAUUGGCAUCUGGACCAUGAACUACUCCAGGCCAGGGAAUGAGACAUCUACAAAAUUCCGGCAGGUACAACUUUUGAAGAUCCUCAAGUCAAUAAUUACAUGUGGUCGACAAUCAUACGGCAUGCUGAAGUUGACCCUGGCUCUCUGGAAGACAACAGACUCCUGGCACAGCACAUUGCAGGAUCAUAUGAGCUGUAUUGCCGAUCAUGGGUAG